AAACUAAACGCACAAAUUUUUCAUACCAUUUCUAAACAUCGACAAAAAACGGUAAUUUGAUAUGUUCUGAAAGUUUUUUACUUUCGAGUUACUGAGGUAAUUCAGGGGUAUACUGGUCAUUUCAUCGAACGCCUUCUGUGUCUCGGGCCAUUUUGUUUUUAGGUCUUCUCUCUUAUGCAUAAACCCUUUGUACGCAAAAUCAAUCGAUUGAUCGGUUUUUUGGUUUAGGGUUUUAGCUCUCAAGUUAAAAACCUUUUUCUUCUCAAUCGGAAGAAGAUCAAUACGCCGAUCGGUCAAUUGAAUCUAUGGCGAUGGCUAUGAGACUCCCGGCGAUAGCGAGAGCGGCGACGGAAAUGGCUGCUGCUCCGAUUGGAUUGAGACGUCUCUUCUGUUCGAAUGCUCCGAAGUUCUCGUUUCUUUCUCCUCAAGCUGAAGCCAAUACUCCGGCUCGUCCUCAGGCUGAACCCAGCACCAAUCUCUUCGUCUCCGGGCUUAGUAAACGCACCACUUCUGAAGGACUUAGGACAGCUUUCGCUCAGUUUGGAGAAGUUGCUGAUGCUAAGGUUGUCACAGACAGAGUCUCAGGAUAUUCAAAAGGGUUUGGAUUCGUUCGUUAUGCCACCUUAGAAGAUUCUGCAAAAGGCAUUGCUGGAAUGGAUGGGAAGUUUCUUGACGGUUGGGUCAUAUUCGCAGAGUAUGCAAGACCAAGAGAGCAAUCGCAGUCGUAUCAACCUCAGAACAACAUGUCUCGUCCUCCAUAUAAUAACCGCUAUUGAAGCAAAGCUUGUUCAUGAAUCAUUGAGCAUUUGUUCUUGAUGAAUCUUUAUGUUAGUGUUAUGCUUCAUUCUAUUAUCUACUACAUGAUCGGAUUGUCUCUUAGUAGUGUCUUGUACCUUGAGAAGUUCACAAACUUAUUAAGUGUAACAUCUCUCUGAGGAAGAUAUGGCAAUCAAGCUUACAUCGUUAGGUACCAUAAUAUAUUUUAAUAUAUUCCCCAUUUGACUAUUGGGAAAAUGCUCCAUAGACACAAAUAAUAGGGGUUUUGG